GCAUUCAAGUGACACUGAUAUAAACACUAAAGAGAAGAGCAAACCAGUGCAGGAUCAGCUGAUCUCUGUACAGUACUAGUGAUGUGUAUUUCCUCUGCAGAUGAAGGUGUGUGUGUGUGUGAGCUGGUGUGGAGGUGAAUUCAGCAGAAUGGAUCAAUGUGAGGACAGAGAGGAGGAAGUCCCUCCCUCUAAAACUCUGUGUGUGGAACAUGAGAGUCAGAACCAAGCCCACAGGAAUCAACCUGGACCAGGACAUGGACCUGGACCUGGGCCUGAACCUGAUCAUGAACCCAGCUGUGUGUCUUUGAAGAGUGACCGGUCAAAGAAUGUUAUUAUUGAGUUUAAAGAAAACCAAAGUUCUGCUGUAAAGAAGGUCCAUCAGAAAAGAGACUCUGGUGCAGAUGAACCCAGUUGUUUGUCCUUGAAGAGUAACCGGUCAAAGAACGUUAUUAUUGAGUUUAAAGGAGACCACGAGUCUUCUUCAGAGAGAGUGGACCAGCAGAGCUCAGAGCCUCCCAGCAGUCCGUCUGUCCAGCAGCAUCAGACACAGUUGGACUCCAUAUUUCUGCUGCUGGAGGACAACAUUGCCGUGUUUGUGAAGAAUGAGCUGAAGAAGAUCCAGAGGGUUCUGAAUCCAGAUUACCCAGAAUCCCUUGAGCAUCUGUUGGAGGGUGAGGAUGAAGAGGAGUGGAAGAGAAGCAGAGAUGCGUUUGUGAAGAUCACAGUGAACUUCCUGAGGAGAAUGAAGCAGGAGGAGCUGGCUGAGCGUCUGCAGAGCAGUGCGUUUGGUGCAGUUUAUCAAAAGCAGCUGAAGUCUAAGCUGAAGAAGAAGUACCAGUGUGUGUUUGAGGGGAUUGUUAAAGCAGGAAACCCAACCCUUCUGGAGCAGAUCUACACAGAGCUCUACAUCACAGAGGGAGGGACUGGAGAGGUCAACGAUGAACAUGAGGUCAGGCAGAUUGAAGCAGCAUCCAGGAAACCAGACCGAGCAGAAAAAACCAUCAGACAGGAAGACAUCUUUAAACUCCCACCUGGAAGAGAUGAACCAAUCAGAACAGUGAUGACGAAGGGAGUGGCCGGCAUCGGGAAAACAGUCCUAACACAGAAGUUCACUCUGGACUGGGCUGAAGGAAGAACCAACCAGGACAUCCAUUUCUUGUUUCCAUUCACCUUCAGAGAGCUGAAUGUGCUGAAAGAGAGAAAGUUCAGCUUGGUGGAACUUGUUCAUCACUUCUUCGCUGAAACCAAAGAAAUGUGCAGCUUUGAAGAGUUCCAGGUCGUGUUCAUCUUUGACGGUCUGGAUGAGUGUCGACUUCCUCUGGACUUCCACAACAAUGAAGUCCUGACUGAUGUUACAGAGUCCACCUCGGUGGAUGUGCUGCUGACAAACCUCAUCAGGGGGAACCUGCUUCCUUCUGCUCGUCUCUGGAUCACCACACGGCCUGCAGCAGCCAAUCAGAUCCCUCCUGAGUGUGUCUCCAUGGUGACAGAGGUCAGAGGGUUCAUUGACCCACAGAAGGAGGAAUACUUCAGGAAGAGGUUCAGAGAUGAGGAGCAGAAAAACAGAAUCAUUUCCCACAUCAAGACAUCACGAAGCCUCCACAUCAUGUGCCACAUCCCAGUCUUCUGCUGGAUCACUGCUACGGUCCUGGAGAAAGUCCUGGAGACCAGAGAGGGAGGGGAGCUGCCCAAGACCCUGACUGAGAUGUACAUCCACUUCCUGGUGGUCCAGGCCAAACUGAAGAAGGUCAAGUAUGAUGGAGGAGCUGAGACGGAUCCUCACUGGAGUCCAGAGAGCAGGAAGAUGGUGGAGUCUCUGGGGAAACUGGCUUUUGAGCAGCUGCAGAAAGGAAACCUGAUCUUCUAUGAACCGGACCUGAAAGAUUGUGGCAUCGAUAUCAGAGAGGCUUCAGUGUACUCAGGAGUGUUCACACAGAUCUUUAGAGAGGAGAGCAGCCUGCACCAGGACCAGGUCUUCUGCUUUAUCCAUCUGAGUGUUCAGGAGUUUCUGGCUGCUCUUCAUGUCCAUCUGACCUUCAUCAACUCUGGAGUCAACCUGCUGGAGGAACAAAAAUACACCUUCAUAUGGUGUAACGCAAGAGUAGAUACUGACCUCUAUCAGAGUGCUGUGGACAAGGCCUUACAGAGUCCAAACGGACACCUGGACUUGUUCCUCCGCUUCCUCCUGGGUCUUUCACUGGAGACCAAUCAGACUCUCCUACGAGGUCUGCAGGAACCACAACAAAGAAGUUCAGAUAACAAUCAGGAAAUAAUCAAAUACAUCAAGAUGAAGAUCAGUGGGGAUCUGUCUGCAGAGAAAAGCAUCAACCUGUUCCACUGUCUGAAUGAACUGAAUGAUGGUUCUCUGGUGGAGGAGGUCCAACAGUCCCUGAGGUCAGGAUGUCUCUCCACAGAUAAACUGUCUCCUGCUCAGUGGUCAGCUCUGGUCUUCAUCUUACUGUCAUCAGAAGAAGAUCUGGAAGUGUUUGACCUGAAGAAGUUCUCAGCUUCAGAAGAGGUUCUACGAAGGCUGCUGUCGGUAGUCAAAGCCUCCAAGAAAGUUGUGUUGAGUGUCUGUAACCUCUCAGAGGACAUCUGUGGAGAUCUGUCCUCAGUUCUCAGCUCUCAGUCCUCCAGACUGACAGAACUGGACCUGAGUGACAACGACCUGCAGGAUUCAGGACUGAAGAAGCUGUGUCCUGGACUGGAGAGUCCACACUGUAAACUGGAGUCUCUCAGGCUGUCAGGCUGUCUGAUCUCAGAGGAAGGCAGUGCUUCUCUGGUCUCAGCUCUGAGCUCCAACCCCUCCCAUCUGAGAGAACUAGACCUGAGCUACAACCAUCCAGGAGAGUCAGUAGUGGAGCUUUUGUCUGCUGGACUGGAGGAUCCACGCUGGAGACUGGACACUCUCAGGGUGGAGCCUGCUGGACAACGAUGGUUGACACCAGGUCUGAGGAAAUAUUCCUGUCAACUUACCAUCGAUACAAACACAGUCAACAAACACAUCAAACUGUCUGACAACAACAGGAAGAUGACAUAUGUGAAGGAGGAUCAGUCAUAUCCUGAUCAUCCAGACAGGUUUGAUCACUGUUGUCAGCUGCUGUGUAGAGAAGUUCUGACGGGUCGCUGUUACUGGGAGGUCCAGUGGAGAGGAAGAGUUUCUGUAUCAGUGAGUUACAGAGGAAUCAGAAGGAAAGGACUCUCUAAUGACUGUAUGUUUGGGAGCAACGAUCAUUCCUGGAGGCUGCUCUGCUUUGGUGAUGAUGGUCGGUACUCAGUCAGGCACAAUGGCAGAAGAACAUCUUCCUCCUCCUCUUCCUCGGUCUCUGACAGAGUAGCAGUGUAUGUGGACGUUCCUGCUGGAACUCUGUCCUUCUACAGCGUCUCCUCUGACGGACUGAUCCACCUCCACACCUUCAACACCACAUUCACUGAACCUCUUUAUCCUGGGUUCUGGUUCAGGUAUGGUUCUUCAGUGUCUCUGUGUUGAGAUCAGUAUCACCAGUCUCCUGUCAGAGAAACUGUUGGACAGAAAGUCCAGCAUGAUUUGAAACUUCUUCCUCCUCCAGUCCUUUAAAGAUGGAAGCUGCCGUUGUUCCAGGAUCCAUAUGUUAUUCUUCUGUUUCCAGUCAAAGCUCCCCAAUGAACAUCAGCAUGAUGUUUUUUCUGAAGCUCAGUUCAGAAAAAACUUCAAAAUUCAGUUAAUGUCAACUGCAGUUAGUUUUCUGCACAUGUGGCCAACAUUGAUAUCAGAGAGGAAUCACUGAGCUGCAAUCAGCUAAAAUGAAGUUACAAGCUGCAGACAGAUCUGAGCACAAGGUUGGUGUGCAGCCAGGAUUCAUCCUGGUCUUUAUUCACACCCACUUCAUGUUCCAACCAUGACAUCACUACUGGACUGUCAGGUUCCUGUCAAAGCCAGGUUUAUUUAUAUAGCACAAUUCAACAACAGUGAUGCACAGUGCUUGACACAGACAUUAAAAAGCAUGAUAUAAAUAAAAAAAAAUAAGAUGAAUAAAUUUAAAAAAAAUAAAAUAAAACAUAAUUUAAAGGAUUUAAAAUAAUCACUUGGAAAAUAAUUAACCAAUGAGAUGCACUAGUUGAAGCUGAGUGCUGACUUUUAAUCAUUCUUCUUUGACUCCAAAACACCAUUAUUUCUGUUUUGUCUUCAUUUAACUGAAGACAAUUCUGGCAGGGACGUGCGGUCAGGGGAGGCAGGGGAGGCAGAGCCUCACCUGUCAUCAUGACAAGUAAAAAAAUAAAUAAUUCUAACAUCAAAUUUAUACUAACAUUUGUCCACUGAUCUUUAUGUAUGACUAAUUUCGAACAUUUAUUUUAGUUAUUAACAUUUAUGAUUGUCAAAAUCGCUGAAUUUGCCUAUUUCCUGUUCAAAUACAGGGCUGAAACGUGAGGUGAGGCAGCAACGAUCCGAGCCUCACCUCUGAUUGCGCAAUCCAUCACAAACUGGGCUGAUACGUGUGAUUGGCCCGUGCUGGUUGCCGUAUCUCUGCAUGUCGCCAAUAUAAUGUUUGCAGAUACGUUUAUUUGACCUGAUUUUACACAGUCUGGCUAAUGUCUUUAACCAUUAAAGUCUAAUGUUUGUCAGUGAGAUAUUUAGUUUCGCUGAUGGGAAAUAAAACCGCAGUGAAAAAGGCAGAGGGUGAGGCACAAAAAUACUCUGCCUAACCUGAAGGGGGCGAACGUGAGUCAACGCCGUUCGCUCACGUACUAAAAUAAGGAGGACUUUUACAACAAAGUAACAGAGGUUUUUGUGGCGAAGGACAGGCGCCUGGACUUCAUUUACAAAUAAAAGUAAGACCAAAAACAAUCUUAUAAUAAAGAGAUUAGACUAAGAAAAAUACAAUAGAAUAUUUAAAAACUAAAUUUUGGCCUUAAAUUAAAUAUUGUUUGUUUUUCUUUUCAUGCUUUUUGUUGAGCAAUCUGUAUUAAAUUGAUUAAAGUAUCAGAAUUAAACGUUUUAAAAACAACUGAAUAUUUCACUAAAGGUCAAAAUUUAAAUCUGCGGUUUUGUACACCAGUCUAUACUCUCAUUUAUGUUGUAUGAAUUAUAGAAUUGCGACGGCCAACACAUGGAGGGUAUAGUGCAAAUGCACGUUUUUUUCUUACCUUUACGUAUCUGUAAUAUGUACCGUGUGUGCGCGCGUGCGUGUGUGCCCUUGUGUUUUUUUGUGAAUAAUGCUGAUGAGAUAUGAAAUAACCAGUAGCCAAUUGAAUAAGCUACCCUUUUUGGUUUAUAUAUUUGUAAAUCUGACUAUAAAGGAGUCAGUGCCUCACCAACCAUGAACCUCAACGCACGUCACUGAAUUCUGGCACAUCCACUCUUUAAUUUGAUCAAUGUUUGAAUUGAUAAUUGAUGAUAGUUUCCUGGUGAGAUGUUAUAUAGAUGUGUCUAUCAUCUGUAUAGUUAUGGUAACACAUUUAGUUAUUUUUCAUAAUUUGAGCAAGCUGGAGCAUAUAAAUGUUUAACAGUCCCCAGAAUGGAACCUUGAGGAUCUCCACAUGUUAUUUUGGUUGGCUCCGAUUUGUAGUUACCUAAAGACAAAAUUAGUCCCCUUCUUUUAGAUAAGAAUCUAAAUCUAAAUUAUUUUUUCUUUAUUUUUACUGCUGCUGUUUUUAAAUGUUUUAAAUGUGUUCUGCUGGUUUUAUUUUUUUAAUGUGUUGUGUACAGCGACCCUGAGUGCCAAGAAAGGCGCCUUUAAAUAAAAUGUAUUUUUAAAUAAGACAAGUGCUGUACCACAAAAGUCCAGCAGUUCUUCAACCGUUUUAUCAAGAUAUUAUGGUCGUUCACAGCUCUGUCAGAAACUGCAUCAUAUGAACGUCUGAUAUAUAAAAUAAAUGGGAAACUGGACACUUAUAAUGAAAUCUGGGACCCAUUUCUAACACAGAUCAUGGAUCAGGGAAAUGUGAAAUAACAUAAAAAUGACAGAUGAGGAUUCAGAAACAGAGUCUACAGUGCACCAUGUUCGACUGGCGGGACGGGGAUAGGGUCAGGGGAUGGGAGAAAAAAUUUCCUUUCAGAUCAAACAUUCACUGGGUUAGUUUUUCACGUCUUCAUAUGUAUAUGUACAGCAGGAAUAUGUUAUAUGUACUUCUAGGUAUAGAAUGUCAUAUAUAGUCAUUAUUUAAUUUUGAUCUUUUAUUAUUAUUUCACUUUUGCUGUGUCUUUAGUUUCUAUCAUCAAUGUCAACCUUUUGUGAAUUCAGCUGUAUCUGCUAUGAUACGUAUGUAUAUUUAUUUAUUUUUUGUUUUUUAACUUGUUUUUAUAUACCUCUUUAUUUGUAUAUUUUUGCUGCCCUGAUUAUACACCUGUGGAUGCAUUGGACUGUCAUGAUGAAUGUCUGAAGGAAACAAUAAAAAGCAUAAUUGAAAAAAAAAAGAAAAGAUAUUAUGGUCAACCGUGUUGAAAGCAUCACUGAGAUCCAAUAAGACCAAGACUGAAAUGCUGCCACUAUCCGUAUUGGAGUGGAUGUCAUCAAGGAGCUUUACUAGAGCUGUCUCAGUGCUGUGAUGUGGCCGGAAACCUGAUUGGAAAACAUAAUUUAUUGUUAGGAGGUUAUACAGCUAUUGAAAAAACUGCUUUUUCUGUGAUUUUACUAAGAAAGGGGAGGUUUGAUACGGGCCUAUAACUGUUCAUAAGUGACCUGUAUAGAUGAAUAAAGUGCUUUUGUAUAUAUGUAAAUUCUAACCAAGAUGAA